GAGGGGGAGACGCCUAGGCGCCCCGCGCCCGCUCCGCCGCCACCUUCACACGCGCACCCUCCCCGCGGGGGCGGCGGGGGGCGCCCAUGGUGCCGCCGCCAUGCCGGUGAUGAAAGGCUUGCUGGCGCCGCAGAACACCUUCCUGGACAACAUCGCCAACAGGUUCGAUGGGACACAUAGCAACUUCCUGCUGGCCAACGCUCAGGUGCACCGCGGCUUCCCCAUCGUCUACUGCUCUGACGGAUUCUGCGACCUUACUGGCUUCGCCCGGACAGAAGUCAUGCAGAAGAACUGCAGCUGCCGCUUCCUCUACGGCAGCGAGACCUGCGAAGCCGUCCUGCAGCGCAUCGAGAAAGUGCUGGAGGGGAAGCAGGAGUACCAGGCCGAAGUCUGCUUUUACAAGAAGAGUGGAACAGCCUUCUGGUGCCUGCUGGACAUCGUACCUAUCAAGAACGAGAAAGGCGAGGUGGUCCUUUUUCUCUUCUCCUUCAAGGACAUCACUGAGAGCCAUGGAAAGAGCCAGUCGAGUGAAAAGAAGGAGGAAAAGCACCGCUGUAAGAAGGCAGGGAGCUCCCAUCUGCGGGCAGCCAGGAAGCAAGGCCGCACAGCCUUGCACCACCUCGCCAGCCAAUUCAGCAAGAAGGAACGGACAGAGAUGAAGAUCAACAGCAACGUCUUUGAGAACAAGCCCUCCGUGCCAGAGUACAAAGUGGCCUCGGUGCAGAAAUCGCGCUUCAUCCUCCUCCACUACAGCAUCUUUAAGGCCCUGUGGGACUGGCUCAUCCUCCUGGCCACUUUCUAUGUGGCUGUGACCGUUCCGUACAACGUCUGCUUCACCGACACGGAGGAUAGCUUGGCGGCUGCCCGCAGCACCAUCGUCAGCGACAUCGUUGUCGAGAUGCUCUUCAUCGUUGACAUUAUUCUGAACUUCCGCACCACGUACGUCAGCCAGUCGGGCCAGGUGGUCUAUGACACCCGUUCAAUCUGCCUCCACUAUGUGGCGACUUGGUUCUUUGUGGACUUGAUUGCAGCCUUGCCCUUUGACCUCCUCUAUGCCUUCAACGUCCCUGUGACCUAUCUGGUGCACCUGCUGAAGACAGUGCGCCUCCUGCGCCUGCUCCGUCUCCUCCAAAAGUUGGACCGCUAUUCUCAGUACAGUGCUAUGGUCCUGACUUUGCUCAUGUCCAUGUUCGCCCUCCUGGCCCAUUGGAUGGCCUGCAUCUGGUAUGUCAUUGGCCGGCAGGAGAGCAACGAUCCAGUGACCUGGGACAUUGGCUGGCUCCACGAACUGGGCAAGCGGAUCGAGGCCCCGUACAUCAACAGCUCUGUGGGAGGACCCUCCAUCCGCAGCGCCUACAUCGCUUCCCUCUACUUCACCCUCAGCAGCCUGACCAGCGUGGGCUUUGGCAACGUGUGCGCCAACACGGACGCCGAGAAAAUCUUCUCCAUCUGCACCAUGCUCAUUGGCGCUUUGAUGCAUGCCGUGGUCUUUGGCAACGUGACAGCUAUCAUCCAGCGCAUGUACUCGCGACGCUCCCUCUAUCACACCCGCAUGAAGGAUCUCAAGGACUUCAUCCGUGUCCACCGCCUGCCCCAGCAGCUUAAGCAGCGCAUGCUGGAGUACUUUCAGACCACGUGGUCUGUCAACAACGGCAUUGAUGCCAAUGAGCUCCUGCGGGACUUCCCAGAUGAACUACGAGCGGACAUCGCCAUGCACUUGAACAAGGACAUUUUGCAGCUGCCGCUCUUUGAGAGUGCCAGCCGCGGCUGCCUGCGCGCCCUUUCCCUGCACAUCAAGACAUCCUUCUGCGCCCCCGGGGAAUAUCUCCUCCGCCAGGGAGACGCCCUGCAAGCAAAUUACUUUGUCUGCUCAGGCUCCCUUGAAGUCCUUAAGGACAACAUUGUACUGGCCAUUUUAGGUAAAGGGGACCUCAUUGGGGCUGACCUGCCCAAUAAAGACCAAGUAAUCAAGACCAAUGCAGACGUCAAGGCGCUGACCUACUGCGACCUCCAGUACAUCAGCCUGCGCGGGCUCUUCGAGGUGCUGGAGCUGUACCCCGAAUAUUCUGCCAAGUUCAUGGCCGACAUCCACCAGGACCUCACCUUCAACUUGCGGGAGGGCAGCGAGAUUGAGGGACUUCUCCGAUUCUCCAGGUCCCCACGUUUAUCCCAGCCUCACCUUGAAAGUGGUGCUGCCCCUGAGAAGCCCCUGCCCUCCAUCCAGGAGUAUGGCGAGGACUCUGAGGACUUCUUCCAGCCCUCGCCAGCCACCAUCACCCGCCGCAAACUCCUCUUGCCCAACCUCAACAGCCCCGUGAGGCGCGGCUCCUUCAGCAGCCUGCUAGGAGAUGACCUGCGCCAGUUCUCCGCCCUGCGGCGAAAUUGUCGCUCCCCAGCCCACUGCAACCGAGGCCGUAGCCCCUCUCCGCAGUGUCGCCGGGAGGUGCAGCUCUCCGAUGAGGGCAGCAAUGGCCGGAAACCUGGCAAGCUCCUCAUUCCCUCCCUCAUGAACUACGGAACCCCAGACCUCAGCCCCAGAGUCGUGGAUGGAAUUGAAGAUGACGGUGGCGCAUCAGAGACACAAACCUUUAGUUUCAAUGUGGAUCAGCCCACGCAGAGCUCGGCGCAGGAGCCUCCAGUGUCAGGGACGGAGCAAGCCAACCCUGUGCCAACUGCAGAAGCUGAUGAGGUAAAGCAGAACAUCCGAAGGCUGAAUCAAGAGAUCAACAACCUGAACCGGGAAGUCUCCCAACUCAGUCGAGAGCUGCAGCAUCUGAUGAGCCUCCUUCAGAGUCAGCUUGCCAUCCAGCCUUCCUACGCCCCUGCCGCGAGCUGCCCUCACAACUGUGCCCAGCCCUCGCCUUCCCCGCCUCCCACCAGUAGGCUGCCUUCGUCCCAGAGCAUGCCACCCCUUGGCCUCCCAGCCUCCUCGAGUGCAGACUUUUCAGCCUUCACCAACUCCCUGCCUUCUUCUGCCUCGUGCAAAGAGCACUUGGGACCUGGGGAGCAGAGGGGUUCCACUUCCUGUGGCCCCACAAGCCCCACAUACCAAUACCACUCCCUAUGGGCGGACACGGGACACGGAAGCCACCACUGUGGCCAGGCAGCCAAGGGGACUUCUUCCCGGUCGAGCUCGCCCACGCCGUGCCCCCUUAGCUCUCUCUCCCCAAGGAACUCUUUCUCCACUUGUUCGGGGCAGGGCUGCCCACCACCAGCACGCUUCCACUUCCGGUCAAGCUCAGAGACCUUUCACUGAUGCCAAGUAGCCUCCUGUUACACCUUCUCCCUGAUGGUUGCUGGGGGCUCAGGACUCUGCAGAGAAGCCGAGCAAGCUGGGCCCCAAGAUUUGGCUUGUUGGUUGUUUAUUUUUUUUCUUUUGUAACCAGUAGAUAUAUUUUUUAAAAAUUUUCCAUGCGGGAGGCAACUGUUCCCAUGAGAGCCGAAAUGAAGCGAAAUUUUGGAUUCCAGAUUUAAGCGAACAUUUGGGUUUUCGACGUUGUUUUUAAAAGGCAUUUUUAAAAGAAAAAAACACAGGCAGUUGAAUCGUGAAUCUUGCUGGCGCAUUUUGAAGGCAGCAGCUGUGUUUGCAUACCGAGCUUUGCAUUGUCCCAAGAAGCUGAACACAUUAUGAUUCAGCACUUAAUCCAUAGCUUCCGGCUACGUGCAAACUUGGAAAUUCUGGCCAAUGGCUUUGAAGCAAGCCAGUAUAUCAAACCAGCUUCAAAUCAUGGCUUCAAGUCCACCUUGCUUUGAAGCUAUGAACCAGGGAUGGGGAAGAUGUGGCUGGACUAUAACUCCCAUCAUCCCCAAGCACUGGCUGUGCUAUCUGGGGCUGAUGGGAGUUAGUGUUGUUGGACUCCAACAGGGUCACAGGUUUGGCCCCUGUCAGCAUGGGAUGAUGGGAACUGUAGUCCAAAACAUCUGGAAGGCAGCAGGCUGGGGAAGUCUGUCUAAAUCUAACAGCAUCAAAUGGCAUGUUGCAAUAUGUUGUUGCACACCACCUUAAUCUCCAAGCAGUGCGAGAUUCCAGUGAUUCUAGGUGCGCACCCAGAGUUCGUGUUUCCUUUUGGGAAUGAGGCACAGCAGAGACUGUGGUGUCAUAACUCUUAAUGACCCAUCACCCAGGCAAUGAUUACCUGAUCACAGGAAACUAGCCUGGCUUAUAUUUUAACACUUGCUGGUCCAAGGGUUAGAAUGGCUCUGGCACCCAGUUUAGCUUUCCAAGCUUUGAUUAAAUUCUAACACUUACUGGAUCUAGGAAUGCAGAGGAGUCUGGCACCUGCAAACUCAUAACACUAAAUAUGCAGAUGCACAAGGCUGAUUCAAAUUUUGGUGCUACAGAGGGAAAGUAGGCGGGUACCUUUCCUCCCGUGAGUUAAUAUGAGCACAAUCUAUCAGGAAGUUCAUAUGUGCAAGCCUCAUUGAAAUGAAUGGGAGCUGUGCAAGAGCAAUAGUUCUGAAUAACACCCUAGCUUGGUGGCAGAGCACUUGCUUGCAUGCAAAAGGUCCCUGCUUCAAUUUCUGGCAUUUCCAGGUAGGUCCGGGAAAGGCUCCUGGAGACCUGCUGCCAGCCAGUGUAGACAAUACUGGACUAAUGGUCUGAUUUGGGAUAAGGCAGCUUCCUAUCAUCCUGUUUCAGUUAAGCUUGCACAGGAGAAUUUCCAUUAGAAAUUAUCCUACAGGUUAGCUCUGCCCAUCUCCCACUCUGCCACAUUUAAUGAGGCUCAGAUUCCAUUAUUUGUAGCAGACACCCCAUGACAGAGUUCUUUCUGGAGCAGAAUAUAUGUGCAUAUUUCUUCAAGCAGGAGCAUGUUAGGAGCAAAUGACUAGGGAAUUUUUCUUCAAAUUUAUUUCAUCUUUACUUUUUUCUUUCCUCCCCCUAAAACCUUCAGAAUCAGUGUACACAUUGUACUUUUAAUGCACACUGGAAGCACAUUUUCCCCCUCCGAGAAUUCCCCCUCCAAGCUUAUCCCUCUCAGAGUUACAAUUCCUAGCGAUCCUUAACAAACUACAGUGUGUACACAGCCUUUUCUCUGAUCACUGAUUGCUUUUCAAUCCUGCCGCAGGGCCAACCCCCCUCUACUAAAUUAUUGUUUUAUUUCUUUUACUAUUUAUGGUGAAAAGGGGUGCAGGAGGGGGAUAUGUUAUCCUUCCGUGAAAUGUCUGACAAAUUAAAUAAUUUGUUUUUCUA